AUGCAGUACAUACCGAAACCUAGAACUACAUUCAUUGAAGGGCAGCAGUCCGGUUCGGACAUUGAUGUCCUGAUUCAGAUCGAAGGACCUGGAUUGGAAAGUUAUCCGAGAUGGUAUCAACGUGCGCCUCUAGACCUUGUUAUGGUCGUAGAUAUCAGCACUGAUAUCGACAUAAUGAGCUUUUGUCUUGUGCAAAAUGCUAUUAAAUUUGUUGCAAAUAACCUCGGCCCGAAGGAUCGAUUUUCUAUAGUUUCGUGCACCACUCCUGCUACCAGAUUAUUGCGCCUAUGCCCGAUGGACAGUACUGGGCUACCGAAUGCACUACAUGUUGUCAGCUUGCUUGUCCCCGGAGGUCCAACCGAUUUUGUGGACGGACUAAAGAUUGCUGCUCAGAUACUGGAGGAGAGGAUCUACAGGAAUCCUGUUGCGAGCAUUAUUGUUUUAUCGAAUGUGAGUAACCAUAGCUGGAGUACGAGGCAGCCGAGCUGUGGAAUAAAUCCGGAGUAUCUAAAUCAAUUGCCGGAUUCAAUCAGUCCUAGAAUGAUGCCUCCAACCGGAAACCAUCCCUUUCCGGUUCACGCCUUUGGCCUUGGCGUGCGCCACGAUCCACUCGCAUUGUACGGCGUAUCUUUAGAAUCGAGCGGCACUUACUCAUACGUAGAAUCCUACGCGGUAUUGCAGGAUGCCGUCGCUACCUGCUUGGGAGGGCUCCAGAGUGUCGUCGCUCAAAACAUCCGGCUAAACGUUUCGACGCUACCCCUGUUACACCUCCAAAGAAUCCAAUAUGCCAAGUUCAACAUCCAGAGAUUGCCGUACGGCGCCGAAUUUAAUAUCGGCAACCUCUAUGCUAAUGAGAGAAAAUUCUUUCUGGUCACAUUCGGAGGCAUCCCUGAGACAACCGAAGAAAAUAUGAAUUUAAGAAGGCAUGUAAGAGCAUUCGCAGUGUAUACAGAACCAACGUCGCAGAUAAGACUAUGGAUUAUUGACAAGGUUCUGAUGCGUGCGCAGUCGAUUCAGCGUAAUCUGACGAGUCGAGAUCUAGGGAGCGAACACAUGGAUUUGCUGUCGAUUUUCCUUGGAAUUCCUGAUGACAUUGAAGAUGAUAUCAAUAGGGUGGAGAGUGUUGGUCCCGGAUUCGCAUCUAUGAGUAAUAGUUUUAAUGCUUUUAGAUUGCUCGCCGAGCCGAACAGUAUGGUCAAGCAGUGGCUGUGGGAUGAGACUAUGGCUUUGGUUGAGAGAAUAGAGUCGGCAGAGGGGUAUGAAAAUGGCGGGCUGGCAUUUCUACUGUCGAAGAAGAGCAGCCAUGAAUUCCAGAGGGCGACAACCAGUGGAUGUAGAGUGAUAGGAUUUCCUCUCUUUGUGACUUGGUCGAUGACAGAUAUGCUGCGCAGGUCGUGUAGAGUUAUUAAUUGA